AUGACAGCAGAGGAGCUCAACGAUUACUUCGCUCAUAUUGCCAGUACAAUUGACAAGAAGAGUAUGUUGUCCGAUCACAAGAUUCUUUCCUUCAGAGAGUGCUCCGCCCCCGGAAACGCCUUCAGCAGAGAACACCGAGAAGGACAACGAUCAUAA